CCCAAAUUACUAAAAUAUGGAUAUUUUAAUAUGAGAAUCGAGAGUAGAACAUAAAUAUCGUAUGGGAGGAAUCACACACACACACACACACACAGUGUGAGAAAGUGUGACGCUGUAACGCGUCGAGGAAAGUGCGGUGACAUAUGAAGGCACUGUAAAGGCUGGGGUGCAGUGUUUUCCCCUCCUACAAACGGCCUCGUUUCUCUGCCAUUCAAAGGGAAGUAAGUGCUGACGUUCCGAGGACAAAGACAACUUCUGCACGUUCGCCAAAGUCUACCUGAUGGAGUCCAACAGCUGCAUCAAUGUUGAAUUUUUGGAUACAGCUGAGGAUUCCUUCUACUUCAGAGUGGUUCAACAAGAUUUGGAGGAGGAUGAUUUCAGAAAGUCAAAAGAGCAUCAUUGGUCCAUUGAGAGCAUGAAUGGUUUUGGAUACCUCAUUUUAAACCAAGAUGACACAUUCGUGGCCCAGACCUGCUGUGUUUCCUCUUCAGAGAAGAAACUCUGCAUCAGGACCUAUCGGAGCUCUUCUCUAAACAAUAAGGAAAAGUUGCCAGUCAUGAUAUAUACCCAAAAGAAUGACCAGACAAUGGUGGUAUGUUGUAAGGAGCACAAAAUUCAAGCUGUACCAAUGACGCCCCCCACAGACAUCACUGGAACGAAUCACGACGCUUUGUUCUACCAGACGCGACUGCCUGGAAGUAACAGGUUUAAGUUUGUGUUCUCAGUGGAUCCCAAAAAAGUUCUUGGAGUUGUCAAUGAAAACGACUUUUAUAAACUGACCCUGCUUCCUGAAGUUGAUGAUGUUGAUACGAGAGUUGAGUUUGCGCUCAAAUAAUUAAAGAAGUUGUCUAAAUAAUGAAAAAAAGUCAUCUGACUUCAUUGAAUGCAGAUAUCCAAUGUAACAAGUUCUUGAAGUCAUAACUCAGAGUCACUUUGUGAUUUAAAUGGAACAAAUCUGAUCUGAUCUUAAACCAUAUGGAACCUCAACAUGUUCCCUGUUGUAUCAUGUUGAGGUUAAAGUGUGUCCAUCCAUUGUGUUGACCACCUCUGCUACUAGGGUAUGAAAUCUUUAAAGGCAGCUUUGAAAUAAGUUUUAUCUCAUUUGAGAUUUUGUUUGUAUUCAGUUAAUCAUUGAACAUUGUGAGGUUGCACAGAUGCAUGUUUGGUUUCUCUGGCCAGUGCAACCUCAGAUUGAACCCAAAAUUAGAACUAUAAGCUCAUACAACAAUCUAGCUAUUAGCAUUUGUACAUAAUAAAGACUUUGUACUUCUUUCAUUGUGUUUCUUGUUUUGUCAUGAGUGGUGUACUACAAAGAAAGUUGAAAACGGCCAGGCUCUGUUAGCAUGAGCUAACUCGACUAAUCCCGCCAGAGAUGACGGGUAAGAUGACAAACACGUCAGAGGAAAUCUGUAAUCCUAUAAAAAUAAAAGGCAACACAAGCACUGUAAAUUAGUCAAGAGUAAUGUGAGAUGAAUUUUUCUGAUGAAACAUUAAUAUUUGGGCAGUGUAAAAAGGUUAAAUGGAGCCGUGGCACGUACACACUCGGGGUUGACAUGUAUACUCUAUAAGCUCAACAUAACCUGCUAACCUAUUCACUGCUCUGUAGUACACCCCAGCUGAGCCUUGAUGGAAAGAACAGAGUGACACCAAAUGUGGAAGCUGUAAUAAAACAUGUUUACUGCACAGGUGUUGUGACAUCACGCUCACUCCAGCCAAACACAAAGAAGUGCUGGCGUGGAAGCUGCAUGCAAAGACUGUAUGUGUGUACUGUAUAUAAGUGCAUGUUCCAAGAUUAUAAUGUAAUAUCAUAAAGCUUUGAUUUGACUGUCAUAUUAAGUCUUAUUUUACUGAUUUAAGAACAGUCCUGGAAUUUUCACAAAUUGAUCAAAAUAAACAUGAUUUAUUUUAAAGCA